GAGGAUGGGCAUCAACGUCUGGUUACUUUUGGCUUCUCUCUCCCCACCAGUGUGUCGGCAGAGGUGAGAGUAGCAUGGACAAAACAAAAACAACUCAUCUGAGUCUCUCCCUGCAGACAAGACAUGACUCAAGCCUAAAGCCUAUUUGAGAGGGACGUCAGACAGGAUGGCGACUCAGAAUUCAUCUCAGAGCACCAACAUCAGCAGAGACAGCGUCUUCUCUGGAAGCCCUUACACCACCGUGGAGAUUGUGCUCAUCAUCCUGGUGGCUGGAUCUCUGAGCCUGAUCACUGUCAUUGGAAACAUCCUGGUCAUGCUCUCUAUAAAGGUAAACAGGAACCUGCAGACUAUCAACAACUACUUCCUGUUCAGCCUUGCCUGUGCCGACCUCAUUAUCGGCCUUUGCUCCAUGAACCUUUACACCGUCUACAUCGUGAUCGGCUACUGGCCCUUGGGAGCGGUGGUGUGCGACCUGUGGUUGGCCGUCGACUAUGUUGUCAGCAACGCCUCGGUCAUGAACCUGCUCAUCAUCAGUUUCGACCGCUAUUUCUGCGUCACCAAGCCACUCAGCUACCCGGUGCGGCGCAGCACCAAGAUGGCCGGUCUGAUGAUUGCAGCUGCCUGGGUCCUGUCCUUCAUCCUGUGGGCCCCCGCCAUUUUGUUCUGGCAGUUCAUCGUGGGCGGAAGAACCGUGCCACAGAAUGAGUGCUACAUCCAGUUCUUCUCCAACCCGGCUGUGACCUUUGGCACAGCCAUCGCGGCUUUUUACCUGCCGGUGGCCAUCAUGAUCCACCUGUACUGGCACAUCUCCAAGGCCAGCCGCAGCCGCGUGAGGAAGGACAGCAGGAAGACCUCAGGCACCAGUCUGGCAGAAGCCCCCUCCAACAGCCAGGAGGAAGGCUGCGAGAGCAACUGCGUCACUACGAAGCACGCACAGGGAGACGUCGGAGACGGGAGGGAAAAGGAGGCCUGGCAGCCGCAGCAAAACGGCUGCGGUCCAAUUAAGGAGGAGGAAGAAGAAGAAGCAGGCCGGAUCGAUUCCACAUCAGACAUUGUCCAAGCGUCAACAUCUAAAGACUCUUCGGGCCCUGCCGCAUCCCGGAAGAGGUCAAAUAAUGGGAAGACUCUAACACAGCCCCCUUCCCCACAGAACUCAGCUGUUGACAGACAAAGCAUGGUUGCCAGGACUCUUCUGAUGGUCACAAAGCGUACGGUGAGCGAGAACGUGGUGGCAAAGUGGAGAAGGAAAGGCAAUUCUUCCAGGGAGAGAAAAGUGACGCGCACCAUCAUGGCAAUACUGGUCGCUUUUGUUGCCACGUGGACGCCGUACAAUGUGAUGGUCCUGAUCAACACCUUCUGUUCCAUCUGCAUCCCCAACACUCUCUGGACCAUCGGGUACUGGCUCUGCUACAUCAACAGCACCGUCAACCCGGCCUGCUACGCCCUCUGCAACACCACCUUCAAAAACACCUUCAAGCACCUGCUGCUUUGCCAGUACAAGAAUAUUCGUGGACGAUAAAACGCGAGCACUAUCUCUGGUGACGGAAUCAAAACAAUGUGAUCUACCCUGUAGAAAAGAAUAGUAUUGAAAACAUGUGAAAGAUAGGUUGGAUUUGUUCUUCUCGUGCACUUACUCCAUUUCUUUUAAAGCGAAAGACCUUUUUCCCCUCCACUAAAAGAACAUGUGUUGUUUUAUUUGUAAC